AUGUCAGCUGCCAGUGGAACUUUCAGAGGUACUCCAAAUAGAGGUGGUCAAGGCAGAGGUCAGGUACCUGCUUUCGAGAACAGCCCCUCAAAUAUACCCCGUCCCAAGCUAGAGUCACAUGCUAGUUCCGCAAUGCAGAGUGAGACUGGAAACUCGACACUGAGUGCGAGCAGGCAGAAGCAGACGAAACGUGAUGAGGCCAUUCGGAAGAAGAUGGAGGCGGACCUCAACAAGAAGAAGGGAAACGCUACUCGAGCUCGACAUACUCGAAAAGCCCCUCCUGGGACAGUCCUUGCCCUCAAACCCAGUCAGGCUCUCCAAAUAAAACCAAAUACUACCGUGGCAGAAGCGGCCCAACUGAUGGCUGCAAAGCGAGAAGAUUGCGUACUUGUCACGGACGACGAUGAUCGAAUUGCCGGUAUAUUCACAGCUAAAGAUCUCGCGUUCCGCGUGGUCGGAGCCGGCAUUAAAGCUAGAGAUGUUACCAUAGCGGAGAUCAUGACAAAGAACCCCCUAUGUGCUAGAACAGAUACCAGUGCUACGGACGCUCUGGAUCUCAUGGUUCGGAAAGGCUUCCGACAUCUUCCAGUCAUGGACGAGAAUCAGGAUAUCUCUGGUAUUCUAGAUAUUACGAAGUGUUUCUACGAUGCAAUGGAGAAGCUGGAGCGGGCCUACAGCUCGUCCCGGAAAUUAUAUGACGCUCUUGAGGGCGUACAGUCAGAAUUUGGCUCGAGUCAGCCGCAACAAAUAAUACAAUAUGUCGAGGCUUUGAGGCAGAAGAUGUCCGGACCUACACUUGAGUCUGUCUUAAAUGGACUGCCACCAACGACUGUGUCAGUGAGAACAUCUGUCAAGGAAGCCGCAAGCUUGAUGAAAGAGAAUCACACUACUGCUGUGCUGGUGCAAGACCAGGGCUCCAUAACCGGCAUAUUUACCAGUAAGGACGUUGUCCUUCGAGUUAUUGCUCCAGGAUUGGACCCAGUAAAUUGCAGCGUUGUGAGGGUGAUGACUCCACAUCCGGACUUUGCGCCCAUGGACAUGAGCAUACAGGCCGCUUUGAGAAAAAUGCAUGACGGACACUACCUGAAUUUACCGGUCAUGAAUGAGCCUGGGGAGAUCGUGGGUAUGGUUGAUGUGCUCAAGCUCACAUACGCGACUCUUGAACAGAUCAAUACAAUGUCAACUGGAGAUAAUGAAGGCCCAGCUUGGGGCAAAUUCUGGCUAUCUCUGGACAACGACUCCGAGUCAAUGAUGUCAGGGGAAGGCAGCCAUCGUGCGCACACACCUGGUCAUCGAUCACUCAUGUCCCCAGAGUUGCUAUCCCGCCCAAACGUUGAUCGCGUGGAUAGUGUGCAGCCGCACGAAUCAGCCUCACACAAUGGAGAUGACGAUCGUUCGGAAAGUCCAGAAGAGCCCCCGUCAGCGUCUAUGGAAGACUCGCCGUUCCCUUUCAAGUUCAAGGCUCCCAGUGGCCGUGUCCAUAGGCUGCAAGUCGCUGCUUCUGCCGGUAUGGAGGACCUCGUCAGUAAUGUAAAUGCCAAACUUGGAGGAGAGAUCGAUGCAGUGGGUGGCGAGGCCAUCGUCGAGGACGGGAAGCUGACAGCAUCUGGCUACGCAUUGAGCUAUCUGGACAACGAAGGCGACACGGUCUCCAUCACUACCGAUCAAGAUCUCCUAGACGCCAUAACGCUCUCACGGCAAUAUCAUCGGGAAAAGGUCGAUCUCUUCGUGCAUGACCCGGAAAAACCACCCAUGUCAGCAACGGUGGAUCCUCAGCCGGCAAUGUCGAAACCCCUGACUCCUCCACCGUCGACGCUCAAGAGUCGGAGGUUCGAUGAUGACGAAGAUGAGAUGGUCACGCCAGUGAAAAAGGAGCGGAAACCUGUAUCACAAGCAAAGCAGCAGCAGCCGGACCAAUUGGUUGCAGGAGUACCCAACGAGCUAUUGCUGCCGGGGGCGAUUGUAACAUUGGCUGUGGUCAUCAUUGGGGUCUUCACGAUUGGCCGCGCGAGCCGUUCAUGA